ACCAAUGGAGUGCCCAGUAUUUUCGAUUUUAAUUUACCUACUGUUUUGGUUCUGAAUCUUUUAAUAUGUUUUGAUAAGAAUUUUGGCCUUUUUUUAAUUAAUUAAAAUAAUUCCGUAAAUGGUUUCGGGGAAAUGGUGUGCGCCGAGGACAUCGUGUCAUACUUUCAGAGUCUAAAGAGUUAUGAACGGAUUUGGAUUAUGUGCAGGUUACAACAUUCCUGCUUACCAUUCGAGCUAAGGUUCCUUGGCACAUGUCUGGAGGAAUUGGGUAGAAAAGACUUCACAGAGCUGCGACAGGCGGAAAACGAAGCCAACAGUCCGGCCGAAAUCAGCUCCGGAGAGUUAAGUAAAAUAAGCAAUAAAAACGUACAGAAGAAAAUCAUCCUGUACUUGUCGCUGUUGUAUUCGUAUAAUUACUCUUGCUCAAAUUCUCUAUAUAAAAUUUUGUGUAAUAUCGACGAAGUUUGUUCAAUAUUGAAAUACGAUACGUGUCUGGAUGACGAAGACGAAAGCUUCGAACAUCUACUAAUGAUAUACACGCUGGCCGUCAACCAUCCAGCGUUUUCGUGCGAACAGAAGCAAGUGUUACACGAUAUAUUUACGUUCGUGCAAGCCGAAGAGAAUAAGCGAACCGGUGCGAAAGGUAAAUCGCAACAGGCCAAUGUCGAAUCUUCGGAGAACGCCGCUUUCAACGAUAAAUCAUCGGUUCAAGAAUGCCCAGCUGCCAUUAGUACAUCACCAGAGAAUACCUAUCCAGCGCAUCCGUUGCCGAAUCCUAGUCAUUGUUAUUCUUCGGUUCCCCCACCUUAUGCUAGUGAUAUACCAAUUCCUUUGGCCGAACAAAUUAGCUUAGUACCGGGUACGAAUUUCGUACGGUAUCCGUUCGCGGCGGCCACUUCACCGCAGUUGAUUCCAAACGCAUGGAGUACGGCGGUCCCGAUAGUAUUUACGACCACUGAACACACCAACACUACGCAUACGUUCAUGUCAAGAUCGUCAUCGCCUAGCAUAUCAAACACGCCGAGCAGAUCGUCUUCGCCGUCGGCCAAAGGACGCCCUCUGUCCGCUCCUUUCUCUAGAUCUCCUCAAAUCAGCGGCAACGUCUCGCAACAACCAGCCUCAUUACCACUACCACAAACCAACGAUCCUUUUAUCGAUUGCAAAGAGUCGCCGAAUUUGCGAAUCAACCCUGUUCCAAAUAUUACGCCAGAACAAUUAUAUAGACUGUCCGAUGAAGGAUUAGCCGCUUUAGGAAUGACUGAAGAAUCUAUUCAACAGUUACGAUGUUUAGCUGAUAAAAUGCAAACGAAUACCGACGACCUAAGUCCAACUAAUUCAACUACUAAUAAAACUAUGCAGUAUAUUGAUCCUGAGACUGACGACCUAAAAGCGUUCAUCGAACAAUCGGUACCCGCGACCGGACUCGUGUACACGGCAGCGAUGGCGGUAGCGACUCCGCCGGGCGCCGCCGUAGCCUGCGCGGUCGGAAAUCCUUGCCAGUAUUGCCUUAUUAAUCCUAACGGCGCCGUAGCCGGCGGCGCCGCCACUGCCGCUGCAAACCAAAUGAACGGUUUCGUAUCUCCAGCCACGGUCGCCGUACCCGCAGCCUGCGGUCUGGCCGUGAAUCCGGUGUCGAAUGCGAUCCCGAACGCUACCGGUCCGGUGCCCGUAGCUUCGACGGCCGUAGCCGGCCCGGCUGAUAUGAGACCUUGUAUAGAUCAAAUGCGUAUGCUACGCUUAGAAUCGGGCGGCGGAACCGGUAGCGGCGGAGCCGCCAGCGGUAAUUCGAAUAGCUCGAAUUCGGAUACGACGUCGUCCGACCAGUCACCGCCUCAGACGCCGAUGCUGCCGCAGGCGAAUUUCGCCAAAAGUAAGAAAGGUGCGCGAGAACGUCGCGCUCAACGAGAAGCCGGCGGUGGUAUCGGCGGCGUAGCCAGCAGUGACGAAGCGAAACCUAACCUAAUUCCGGUGCUUACUGGUGUAGGAUCGACCAAGAGUAGCAACAGUGAGUGGAGCAAUAGCAACGUGAAUAGCAAUAGCGACGAACGCGGCAAUGCCGGCGAUAGCAGCAGCGAAGAACGUACCAAUAAUCAGUCAGCGUCGUAUCAUGGUCGCGGACGUGUGAUGAAUAAUCGUGGCCGGUCCAAGAACGCCAACUCUUUUACCAGAGGUCGAGGUAACAAUAGAAGACGGGGCGCCGAAAACGUUAACGGCAAUACCGAAGACCCGAGAAAAUCGCAACCUCAACAGUAUACGAACACAGAAGCAACCACUUACCAGUUCACCACUCAUCCGGCCACUGCCACCGUCACCAACACCACCUAUAUUCAGCCGAGUCAUUUCAUCAGAUCAUAUCCGGCGUUCCCGGCUGGGCCGAAUAGUUUCCUAAGAUAUCCGGGGUUUCCGCCCAAUACCGAUGUACUCUACCACCACUAUCCGCCUCCAACGGCCGCUUUCCUGCCUCACGGUGCGAUUACGUAUCCCGCAGUAGUUCCUCCUAAGCUUUCAUGCUACAAUUGCGGCAGUCAGAAUCAUUUCGCUGACGCUUGCGUCGAGUCUACCAUGGAAGAAGCUGCUAAACAAGGUCAGUACAGAUUGGAUUACGCUCCCGUCGAAGCUCCUAAUUCGUUUGAAAAAUAAUGCGCAGGUCGCAUCCUUCGUCUUGUAUUACGCAGCCUCUGCCCGAGUACCUGGAAUAAAUUUCGCCUCUUAUACCGGUCAUCGAUGCGCGACCAAGUUAGAUACUUAUUAGUUUUAGUCAAGCUGCAGUCGUGUUAUAUCGUAUGUAUGUUGUACAUUGGUAUGUAUGUAUGUGUGUGUGUUUGUAUGUGUAAGCAGGGAUACAUUUUGCAGAAUACCCGGACGUAUUAUAUUCUUUUUUUUACAAUCAUUUUUCUUAACCGUACGUAGCUAUGUGUGUACUCGUAGUAUCUCUGAAACUGAAAGUAUUGUCUCGUCUCUCUCCUUUCCCCCUUUCCCCUCUCCUGCCUGCCAGUGAUGAAACAUUCGUAAUUUAUGAAAAAUUCUCGGUUCGUUCUUCCGGAAAACGUGAACGAUCAUCAAUCAGGUUUACUUACGAUAUGAUUUAUUAGUUUGUUACUUGUAGUAAGAUACAUACCUAUACGCUUUUAGGCUAUGUAAGUUUUUAAAGAUACUAUAUUGAAGACCGUUGUCUUUCAUUGUUUGUUAUUGUUACUCUCGUACUACAUUACGCAAUAAUAUGCUUACUAUACUCGUAAUUUUUGAGCACAUAUCCACUUUUUUGGUAAUUGAAUGAUAUUUAUAUUGACAAUUGACAAUCAAAGUAAGGCGCUUUAUUUUUUCGCGAUUUUCAUUCAACUUUUAGCUAGAGGACGCGCGCGACGAGAUCGACUAUGUAUUGUAAUCGAAACUAUUUGUCUUUUCCCGGUAAUAAGGCUUCGCCUGUAUUUUUAUUUGUUCUGCGAUCGAUCUCGAUCUUUUUAAAACUCCCCGUUAUGUUCAAUAAUCGUAUUAAGAAAAUCUAAAAAAAUAAAAAAAACAAUAACCAUGUUUUUUUAUUAAUCAUUUUUCGUUGAGCGUUUUUUUCUUUUCUUUUUUUUUCGACUUUUUUCUCCUCUUUUUUUUUAUUAUUCGGUAAGUUUUACUUCGUUAUGUGAUCACUGUAACGCGUUGUGUGUAAAUAUCGUUCGUCGAAAAUUCGAAAUUUUUAUUCUCUCGUGUUAAGAAAAAUGUUAAAAAAAUGAAAAAAAUAUAAAAACCAAAAAAAUGAAUACAUGAGUUAACGUAAUAAUUAUAUGUAUAGAGCUUACGAUGUUUGUUUUUUUUUUUGAAUUGGUUUUAAAUCUUAAAACUGCUUCCAUUAAAUUUCUAUGUUGUAUUUUGUGUUCGUAUAAUGUAAUUUUAAAUUAUAAUAUUAUUAUUG